AUGGAGACCCCAACAAUGAAGGAAACGAAGAAGGUCGACAUCACUAGUCUCAUGUCGCCUCCCGAUCCCGUUCUCGACAGUUUCCAUGCUGAGCCCCAUCAUAUAAACAUUGCAAAGAGAGCGCAGCCAUCUGCCGAGAAGGCAAACCAGCCUGCACCUUUAUCACCUCCAGUCUCCCCACGAACCAAGGCUCCCCACGCGACGAGCGCCGAACAACACCCCGGCACCGCGUCCCAGAACAACUUGAACGAUCCAGUUCUCUAUCCGAUCGAGGAUGCCUCAAGUAUCAAUUUGCGAAAUGGGUCGUCUCAACCCCCCCUAUUUGCACCUACAGAGAUCGAGGAUCACCGGCGAAUCGUAGACGAUCACAUUCAAACAAGACCCCCUGAGAUUUUCGAACUCAUCUCUCCCCCAAGGCGGGAGGACUAUGACCUCGUUCUUUCUUGCCAGACAUGUGUCAUGAGACUCUACGAGGCGAACCGAUCCAAAUGGCUGCGCAUGGCACGCGAGCAGCUUAAGGCGGACAACCGUGUUGCUGCUGGGAAGCGCACAUACCAAUCCAUCAUGCCCGCAAAGCCCAGAAUCGUCACGCCAGGAAAAUCAGCCCGGCUACAGCGAACUGAUAGAAUUUCUAAGCCCCAGCAACCAAAUUCCAGAAAUAAUGCCCCGCGCCCCAUCCGCAGCAGCGGCGCCGGUGUCAGCCCCACGAAUCCUGGCAGACGAUCGGUUUCACGUGCUAGUGCCACUCCCGAGCCAAGCAAGCGGGUCGUUGCACCAAACAGAGAGGAUAAGGAUUUUAACUCACUUCCUGACUACUGCCCUCCCGUUUCUUCGCUCCCCGAUCGCCCCAAUAGUCUGAAGGUGGACUGGAAGGGCCAGCCAAUUGACCUGAGCAGCGAUGUUCAUGUUCACCUGCUGCACCCGGAUGAAGUUGGGCUGGCUGGCAACCUCAGACUUGACUGCGCCACAUACCUGACAAGCAAGCGCCGAAUUUUCGAGCGACGCCUCCAGUGCCUGCGAACUGGCAAGGAGUUCCGCAAGACAGACGCGCAGCAGGCUUGCAAGAUUGACGUUAACAAGGCGUCCAAGCUUUGGCAGGCUUUCGAGAAGGUUGGCUGGCUUGAGGCUAAAUGGGUCCGCCAAUAUCUUUAA